AUGGACUCUAAAUUUGAUGGUAGUUAAGCCAAAAAAAAAUAUUCCGUAAUAACACCUGCUGUUAGGAUAGCAUUUAUACAAAGAGUUUAAUCAAAAUAGUCCACUAUCAAGUAAGCAGCUCAAGAAUUCGGAAUUAAGUUUAGCACAUCUAAAGCUAUUUUACAAACCUACAAGAGGGAAGGAAGAGUUGGUAAGAAAAAGACUAGGUCUCGACGUAGUACUUUUAAAGUUGAUUCCAAAAAGGAGGGGAAGUUCUAACAACGAAAAAGUGACCCCGUAGACCAUCCAUCUCCAUAACAUCCUUUACCUACCAAUCAAACACAGAUGAUCCUCCCAUAGGAACAAGCUUAAUAAUUUCAAAUAUUUUAAUUAGGUCCAUAAAUGAACCCAUACAUACCUCUACAAUAGUAAAAAUUUAAAUCAAAUACAUUAGAAACUUAUACUUAUAGUAAAAUCUUUUACAAAUUCCAAAUCCGUAACUGAUGUAUUAUUAUUGGUAACUUAAUAGCCUGAGAUAACAGGCUCUAUCAUAAUAAUACGGAAAGAUACUGGAUUCUAGAUUAUUGAUAACCCCUAUUCAAUCUAGUAAAUGGUUAGAUGCAAAAUUUAAUGAUAUUGGAACAACUUUGAAGGACUUUAAUUGA